GGCGCCCUCCUCUGAGCUGUCUGCUCUGAUUGAGAAGCUGCAGAAGAAUGCUGACAAGGUGGAGAAGCUCAUCCUUGAGACGGAGCAGAACCUCAACAAGGAUGUGAGUAAGAUCAACGAGGGCAAGCAGCCUCUGUACCAGGACGACACCAACAAGCGCAUCCUGAGCUCUCUGGAGCUGCUGGAAGGCCUGGAUGAGGACGCCGUCGACGCAAAACGCCUGCAGCACCCCCAGGCUGAGAUGAUUGAACAGGAUAUGAAGCAGCUGAGAGUGAGACUAAGGAAGCUGAGAGAGGACCACGACCGCAUCUACCACCUGACCCGCUCUGAGGGCAUGCCGAGCGUCAACUGGGGCAGGAUCAUAGAGGAGAAACAGGGCAACCUGAGCAACAAGGGUUUUGGUCAGGACCUGCCGACCAUCGAGAACGAGGUGGAGGAACACAACAUCUUUCACAGUGAGGUGGAGGCCCUGGCCCCUCACAUCUCCGCCAGCGACGACAAGGACUCUGCCAGUGCCCUCCAGCUGAAGUACAACAAGCUCCUGGCCAGUUCCAGUGCUCGACAGCGCCACCUGUUGAGCCUGCGUGACUACAUGCAGCGCUGCACUAAUGAGCUGUACUGGAUGGACCAGCAGGCAGGGGAGAGGAUCAACUAUGACUGGAGCGAUACUAACCUGGACUACCCUGCACGUCACAGACAGUAUGAGAACUUCAUCAGUAAGUGUCUGGAGUCCAAGGAGGCCACUGUCACCAAGCUGAAUGAUGAUGGAGAUAAACUCAUCGCUUCCAACCAUCCUGGCAAGAAUGUUAUUGAGGCUCAUAUGGAGGCUGUGCAUGCGGACUGGAAGGAGUACCUGAACCUGCUCAUCUGUGAGGAGAACCACCUGAAACACAUGGACGAGUACCACAAGUUCCACAAAGAGGCCCGGGACACCCAGGACCUUCUGAAGAGAAUGGACAAAGAGGUGGACCAGAAGUACAAACCAGAGUUCAAGGACAUGUACCAGAUGGAGAGCCUCAUCAGAGACCUGGACGACCAGGCGAAGGCCAUGGACCACUUUGAUGAGCGUGUGAAGGCUCUGGAGAAGCGCAGUCUACAGGUUCUCCCCCUCCAGUUCCGCAGGAACACCCCUCAGAAGCUGCUCCCCGUCGAGGCGCUGUGUGAGUUCGACACUGACGAGGGUCAGAUCCUGCGUGGAGAGAGGUACACCCUCCUGAGUAACAAGGGGCCCAAGUGGGAGGUGAAGGACGCGGCCGGGCGUAAACUGACGGCUCCAGGGGCCUGCUUCAUGGUCCCCCCCACAGACCCAGAGUCUGUCGCCGUCUCCAACGGUCUGGCCAGCCAGCAGAAGGGUAUUAAGAUGAAGGUGUCUGGCAGUAAGACCACCCUGGUCAAACGCCUGGAGGAACUGAAGAAAGACGGCUCCGCUGGCUCUGACAAGGAGGAGCAGCAGUGUCGCCAGCUGAUGGCCGGUCUGGACAAGGUGACCAGUGAUCUGGACAAACAGGAGAAGGCCAUCUACUCUCGAGUACGCCCCCCGCUGGAGCAGACCAGGCCACUGCAGGACAGCGCUGACCGUCUGCAGGACGUCAAGGACAUUGCGGCCGUGGUUCGUAAGAUCGAGCCGGAGAAGUCGUCCAAGGUGAAGGAGGCUGAGAAGUUCCUGACAACUAACCCUAAAUGUGCCAGCGCCCCUCAGCUGAACGGCAAGGUGAACGAGGCCAACAACAAAUACGACAAGAUCAACCUGCUGCUCAAGUGCUCAGAGGACAAGCUUCAGAAUUCCAACCGCCUGGAGAACUCCCUUCAAAACGGGAAAUCUUUAUUGUCCAGCUACGAGAACAAGCUGGUCAGAGAGGAAGUCGCCCCCGCAGACAUCUCGUCUCUGGAGAAGACGCAGCGUCAACUGGCUGAUAUUUCAUCAGAGCUGAAGACCAAGAGGUCCGCGGUGACGGAGACGGAGGCUAACCUGCGUGCGGUCAAAGGCAGCUGUGACACCAUGGCAACCAAGGUGCAGGAGCACUGCCCCGACAUCGAGAGGCAGGAGGGCGAGGUCCGGAAACUGAACAAACGCUACGACAACCUCAACAGGCAGAUCGACGCCAGAACUCAGAGCCUGCAGAGGGCUAAGACGUCCUACAGCAGCUACCGCAGUGAUUACGACAACCUGAAUAACUGGCUGUCCCGCGUGCCAAACUAUGAGCCAACUGAGAAAGACAACCUCAGUCAGGUGGAAACCAAGCUGGAAAACCAGAAGGUAGGUGGUUGAUUUCUGAUUGUCCCA